CUCCGAGGGAUGCUUGUGAACCUCCUGCGGCUGGUGGGUCUCGUUUGUCGCGAAAAGGAAAAGCGACGCAUAAACACCAGACCGACGAUGGUGGUUCUACCCUUGUCAUGCAAUGAAGGGACAAUCGGUGGAGACGGCCUUUAUGCGGAGGCCAAGAUUGGACUCAAGUCCUUAUUCAAUCGAUUCCACUCCGAAAGCUGGUCGACGUAUGCCACUAUCUGUGGAGCCGUCAUGGGGUGGACUCGAGGAACUGGAUUGAUGCACUCAUCGGAUAUGAUAGCAGCAGAGAUGGAAAAGCUCGGUGUCAUCACCUUUAGCAGGGCCGAGAUGGCCUUCAAUAUCCUGGCGCUGCUAUCACCGGCCAUCACUGCUCUUGCCGACGAGACACCUGUAUAUGCAGAUCUAACUGGCGGAUUUGGGGCCAUGUGGAAUUUAAAGGAACAUAUCGCAGCGAGUCGUAAGGCGGUGGCCGAAAAUCUUCGUUUGGGUGUUGUUCUGGCGGAAGAGGAGAUACAUCACGAAGCAGCCCUCCACGGACAGCAGGCAAACCCUCAUGCACAGGAGCCAGAAGUAAGAAAUAAGCGAGCCAACCUCAAUAUUGGGUUCCCUUCGAUAGCGAGGCAGGAGGAUAUGAUGGCGAGGCUUCCCGGUCUUCAAGGAAUGAUUGACCUUUCGCAAACGGUCGUCAUCGUAGGAUUCUCAGAGCUUGGGCCAUGGGGAAGCUCACGAACACGAUGGGAAAUGGAAAGCCAGGGUCAAUUCUCGUUAGAAGGUUACGUUGAGAUGGCGUGGAUGAUGGGUCUGAUCAGACACAUUACAGGCGAUCUCAAGGGCCAGCCAUACGUUGGAUGGAUCGAUGUCGUGACAAGCGAGCCGAUCUCGGAUGACGAGAUUCCUGAAAGGUACCACCAACAGAUUAUGGAGAACUCCGGCCUUCGGUUUGUUGAGCCCGAUGCACUCAACACCUACGAUCCAUCACGAAUGGAGUUCAUGCAUGAAGUUGUGAUCGAAGAUGAUCUGCCGCCGUUCGAGAGCUCCAAGUCAGCGGCCGAAGCAUUCAAGUUGCGCCAUGGGGACCAUGUCGUUGUCCGGCCAAUCUCAGAUUCGGACAAUUAUCGUGUCUUCAUGAAGAAGGGCGCUGUGGUAAUGGUGCCCAAGGCAAUUCCUUUCCACCCUUUAGUGGGCGGAAGGGUCCCCAAGGGAUGGGACCCUUUGCGAUACGGCAUUCCCGGGGAUAUUGUUCAGGAGGCCGACCCCACUACUUUGUAUGCCCUUUGCUGCGUCUCGGAGGCAUUCUUGUUCGCUGGCAUCAAAGAUCCGUAUCAGAUGUAUCAGUAUAUUCAGGUCUCUGAGGUAGCCAACUGCUUAGGUACUGGAGGCGGUCCUAUGAAGACAAUCCAGAGCAUGUACCGCGACCGGUAUCUCGAUCGGCCAGUCCAAGGAGAUAUCAUACUUGAUCACUUUUCUAACACCAUGGGCGCAUGGGUGAACAUGCUCCUUCUUUCUUCCUCGGGUCCACUCAGGACGCAUGUCGGGGCGUGUGCCACAGCCAUAGAAUCAUUGGACAGCGGAUGCGAAGCUAUUAAGAGUGGGAAGUGCAAAGUUGCUAUUGUUGGAGGUUGUGAUGAUUUUGGAGAAGAAGUCGCUUACGAAUUCGCCGGCAUCAAGGCUACUGCAAAUACCAAAGAAGAGUUGGCUAAAGGUCGUCUUCCGGGAGAGUUCUCUCGCCCUACCACAAGCUCCCGUAGCGGGUUUGCAGAGUCUGCUGGCUGUGGAGUACAAAUAGUGAUGGCUGCUGAUCUUGCCCUCGAGAUGGGACUGCCAAUCUAUGGCAUUGUUGCUUACACCCAAAUGGCGAGUGAUCAAAUCGGCCGAUCGAUUCCGGCCCCAGGCAAGGGAAUCCUGACGGCUGCACGAGAAUCAGCAGACGCCCGGCACUCGCCGUUACUGGAUCUUGAAAUUCGACGUGCGGGAUUCGAAAGAGAGGUAGCCGAAAUUCGUCAGCAAGCAUGGGAUGGGCAAGUGAGCAGCACGUGCCAAACUGAGAGUACCAUCUGUGCAACCGAAGAAAGAAUGAAAUCAAGGCUACGAGAUGCCCAGCACCGGUGGGCUAACAGUAUCCGCUUGCAAGAUGCCAGUAUCUCUCCCCUAAGAGCCGCACUAGCAACAUGGGCCCUAUCGAUCGAUGACAUAGGUGUUGUUUCGAGCCAUGGGACUUCAACCCGAGCUAAUGAGCUUAACGAAGGGGAGGUUAUCAAUGCUCAGAUGAACCACCUGGUUCGACGGAGAGGUAAUCCGCUACUCUGCGUGUGUCAGAAAUCUGUGACAGGGCAUCCCAAGGCAGCUGCAGGCGCCUGGCAACUUAACGGCUGCAUACAAAUGUUCCGCGACAGCAUAGUCCCAGGGAACCGCAACGCAGACAAUAUAGAUGAGCAGCUCCGACAGUUUAAGCAUCUUGUCUAUCCCAUGGAUUCAAUGAAGGUGCCUGACAUGAAGGCGAUCAUGCUCACCUCCUUUGGAUUUGGUCAAAAGGGUGCGUUGGCCGUGGUAGUAACACCCAGGUAUGUCUUCGCGGCGGUUCCGACUGCAACAUUUGAAGACUACCGAACUCGAGUGUUACAGAGGCAGCGAACAGCCAACGUGGAAUUUGUCGCACGGCUGUUGAAGAACUCGCUGGUCCAAGUCAAAUGUGAUCCACCGUGGAAAAGCGCCGAGACUAUGCACAGUGUCUUCCUUAACCCGGACAGUCGCUUAGCUGCUGAUGACUCCUUCGGGUCGGAGACUCCGGUUAAAGCUCCUAGUCCGGAUAGUGUAGGCGAGAGAUCGGAUGUCACCGCUGCGCUUGUUCAGUCUCUGCUCGAGCGUGUUACUCAGCGCUCCGGUGCAACGACAUCAACCAGCGUUGGAGUCGACGUGGAGGAGAUCAUGAGCCUCCACAUUGAGAACCUCAAUUUUCUGCAGCGCAACUUCACACCUGCAGAACGGGACUACUGUUCGAAGGCAGCGAACCCACGCUCCGCAUUUGCGGGUCGGUGGAGUGCCAAAGAGGCCGUUUUCAAAAGCUUCCGGGUGCCUUCUAUGGGUGCAGGGGCUGCAAUGCAAAAUAUCGAGAUCCUGGAUGAAAGCGGGAAUCCUUCUGUCAAGGUAUGUUUGGCAAUUACACAGCAUUGAUUGCCUGUAUCAACUAACAUGGCUCAGCUUCACGGACACGCUCAGGCUGUGGCGAUGUCCAAGGGUAUCAGCAAGAUUGAACUGGCGAUCGGCCAUUCUGGGGAAGUGGCUGCUGCCGUAGCGCUAGCCAGGUGGACCUAAGUGAUUGUAUCGGUCCCAGGACAAUCGGAGAAGAAGAUAUCACAGACAGACUCAGUGGCAAUCUCCAAGGAUGUUGAAUCUAACUAUUUCAGAAGUAGUUUAGUAGGUUCAGUGCCAUGUAAAGUAUGUAAACGAUGUACACUUCAUG